AUGAAUGACAAAAUUGAUCAAUUUAAAGAAUAUAUCUCACAACAUUCAUUCGAAUAUAUUCCCUUUAAAGUUUUAGGUUUUCCAAUACUCUCACCUCUUGAAGCAUGCUGUUAUUUUGGUUCUGUCAACAUUUUCAAUUUUAUUAUUUCUAAUUACAAGCAGAAAAUCACUCAAGAAUGUCUUAAAUACUCUUUAAUUGGAGGAAACACAGAUAUUAUCAAUGAAAGUUUAAAAAAUAACACAAUUGACAAAGAAUGCUUUGUAUGUAUUGCUGCAUCACAUAACAAUCAAUUCCUUGAUUAUAUUUUCGAAAGAAAUUUAUUUAAUCUUGACAUUUCAGAUUUUGCUGAAAUUAUUUUUUCACAAAACAUAAAAGUUGCAUUUCUUAUGUUUGAGAAAAAUAAAGAUUCAAUCUUACCAUGGUGUGCUGCGUUUCCACAAACACUUGAAAUUUUCAAAAAUGAAGAUUUAGAUUUUACUAAAAAAUCAAUUCGAAAUGAAACCAUUUUAAUUGUUGCAAUGAUUUACAAUAAUACAGAAAUAUGCAAAUUCUUAAUAGAUUCUCUAAAAGACAAAGCAUUAGAUAUAAAUGCUCAAGACAAUGAUAAAUUUUCUGCACUUUGUUAUGCAGUGAAAAACAAUAAUAAAGAAAUUGCUGAACUUCUUAUUUCGCACGGUGCUAAAGUUGAUGCAGCAGAUGAUUAUGGGGAAGUGCCACUUAAUAUUGCAGUGCAAAAUAAUAAUCAAGAUUUGAUAGAACUCCUUAUUUCAAAUAAAGCAGAUUUGAAUGCAUGUAAUAAAAAUAAAAUAACUGCUCUUCAUGUUGCUGUUGAAAACAAUAACAUUGAAAUUAUGAACUUACUUUUCUCGCAUGGCGCCAAUGUUGAUCCAAAAGACGAAAAUGGUAAAACACCUCUUCAUAUUGCGGCUGACAAGAAUUUUAAAGAAGCAGCCGAAAUUCUCAUUUCCCACGGAGCAGCUAUUAAUAUAAGAUUUCUUGGCGGAGAAACGCCACUACAUGUAGCUGCAAGAAAGAACAGUAAAGAAACGGCAGAAGUUCUUCUUAUUCAUGGUGCAAAGAUUAAUAAACAAAUUCAUGGUCAAUAUGAUCCUCUUUACCAAGCAAUUUCCAAUAACUGCUAUGAAACAGCAGAACUUCUCAUUUCACAUGGUGCAAACAUUAAUUCGAAAAACAACAUUUCAGGAAAAACUCGUUUACAAUAUGAAUUAGAUCUGAAUAAUUUUGAAUCCAUUGAAUUUCUUCUUUCACAUGGUGUAGAUAUAAAUGCUAGAGAACAUUUUAAUAGAGAUACAGCUCUUCAUAUUGCAGUAAGAAAAAAUUCUGAAAAAGCAAUAGAACUUCUAUUAUCACAUGGUGCAAAAAUUGAUUUAUAA